AUGUUGAGAGCGGGCUCGAGAAGGUAUCUCUCAAAAUUCCAAAGCGCGGAUUCAAAGCUCGAUGAGUAUUAUAAGUACUUUGCCACGCAGGCGUCUCUGAGACCAUGGAUCUAUAGGCCAAAGAACGCGAACACCCUUCUAGCCAUGGACCUGAAGGAUUCAGAGUCGGAUGCGCCUUUGAAGCCAAGAGCUCCAGUCCGGCCGCUGAGCAAGCAAGUUCUCAACACCUACAUCUGGUCCGCCCAAGAAGCAUCACAAUUGCUAAGUCUGUUGAGGAAGUGGACGUCAUUGACCACCAGGAAGCGUGGUGUUUGGGACUACUUUACGGCAGAACACAUACAAAACAUACUUUUUGCGUCCACCUUUAAACUUGGGAAGCUAUCAUCAUUUUUGCAGCACCUUUACAUGUGGAAGCCCCUGUUUGCGGAGGCAGGAAACGACCGUGUUUUUGAUGUUGAACACUUCUUCAACUCUCUGGUCACCUGUCAAUUGCACAGAAAUGCGGUGCGUGAGCUUGGUGAUGCCAAUGUGGCUGAAAAGAAGCUGCUCAAUGCCUGGCAUCAGGUAUCCGUCAAGGAAAACAAAACAGGUCUAACGUCGUACUUAGUAUCAGCAUUAGCUAAGCAACAAGGCUUUCCAGAAGUUAAACUGCCUGGUCUUGCUGAUGCGGAUGUUCUUUUGCCCCACAUUGAUUUGGGCGCUACUAAGAGUGGUAAAAUUGCGGCAUUCGCAAGUAAGCACAGGUUUCUUUACUUAAUGGCACGGACCAUAGACGAAUACGGUACUCCUUCUGAGCCAAUUUCCAGCUUCAUUCAAAACUACCAAGCUGCCCAGAAGAGUCUAGGCCAAAAUGACGUUUAUCAGGAAUAUGUCGUCAUUGCAAGACGAUUAAACUCUGAGCCUCAUGCUCCAACUGUGACUGCUCCACAUCCUGCCGAUGAUCAAUAG